AUGGCAGUAUUAUUAUUUUUAGUACGAAUUUUCUAUAUCAUUAUAAUAAUAUGUUCUAUAACAAUUUUAAUUUUUAGAAGCUUAAAAAUUUCAAUUCUUUCCUAUGGAAAAUUUAGAACUUCAGUCCAGUUUGCUACAAAAAAUCCAAUUGAAAUAUAUAUACAAAACUUAACUGUUCCAAAACGAUGGUUUAAACAUUAUUACAUCAUUGGAACAUUUUGGACUACAUUUCUUAUUACUGACAUUAUUAUUUUACAAAAUAGAAACAUAGGAUACUUUGCUUGGUUUGUUCAAAUAUUUGAUAACAUUGAAAAAUAUGAGCCAGAAUAUUUUAAAGAGCCAUAUACUGAAUGUGUAAUUGGAUUAGUAAUGCUUCAAAUUCAGACUAUUAGGAGAAUGUAUGAAUGUUUUUUUGUUGAACGGCCUUCAGCUGGUGCUACAAUGCAUAUAGGCCUUUAUUUUUUAGGUUUGGCAUUUUAUCCUGUAACUGGAUUGGCUAUAUUCAUUGAGGGUAUUGGAAAUCUUGGAAUUGUUAAUAUCAAAGAUAAAGAAUUUCCAAUUCCUUUUACAAACUUUUUAUCCUGGAACAUAUUACUUGCUAUAUUUAUCUUUAUUUAUGCGUCGUAUCAUCAAUAUGUACUUCACAAAAAUCUUGCCUUGCUUCGUUCCAAAGAUUUCUCUGUAUCAUCAUCAUACUUUAUUCCAAAAGGAGAUUGGUUUGAUUAUAUUGCAUCAGCUCAUUAUACAGCCGAAAUUUUAAUUUAUUUUAGUUUUGUAAUUCUUACUAAAGGAUUUAUUUUAACUACCUGGUUGGUUUUUAUUUGGACGGUUGUUUGUUUGGGAAUUGUUGCAAAAAAUUCCGAAGAAUGGGGAAAAGAAAAGUUUGGUGAAGAUUGGCCAAAAAAUAGAUGGAUUAUUAUUCCUUAUGUUUAUUAG